AUGAGAAAGUUUAUUAAGAACCCUGAGCUGAUGAAAGCAUACGAUCUAAGUGGAAUGAAAGGAUAUCUUCCAGUCAGUAUUCAGUCUUUCAAUGGGGCCAGUCACGGAGGUGGAACAUACGUGAAAGCUGGAUGGGUAAACUACUCGAAUUCCGACCACCUUCACUUCAUACCGUAUGAGUCGGACGGUAUCACACAGGUCGGAGUACAGUUGCUUAUGUAUAGUGUGGAAAGUUAUGUUUAUUCUGUGUUGGGAGCUCAAGCUAAAACAAGGUGGAGUAUUGUCAGUAGUCAAUUAGGUAAGUCCCUCCAAACACAACAGGCUUUUAGAAGAAUUGUUAAUGACACCAUGGUGCAGACCAGUGUGAACGUUACUAUUAGCGAUAUGAGAAUAGCUAUAAGGGACACUAAUGUAAUACUAAAUAUGGCAAUCAAUCCUAACAUAAUACUGAUUCCCUCUAGGCUAA